AUGACGCGAAAGAUUACCCUCGAUGUUUUGUCAGCAGGUGUUACCGAUGCUCUCGCCGAGACGGCAACUUUGAGAGAGCAGUGUAAGAGUCAGCAGCAAGAGAUUGAGGGCCUAAACGACUACAAGCUGGAGUCCGAGAUCGAGAUCAACUGUCGCAUCUCUGACGAGAGCCUCAUCGCGGCCAAGCAAGACAUGGAGAUCUUGGAGGCGAAACAAGAGUCCUUUCAACAACGGAUCAAGAACCUCGAAGAAGAAGUUUUGAGCUACCGAAAGCAGAUCGAGAAGCUGGUCGUAGUCCUCCGCAACAAGACGCGCAAGGCUCUUGUUGCCAGCAUCGCCAUCAAAGCAGCCUACAAGAUCGUCCCGUCCCUCAAGGAUCAAGCCACGAUUCAACGUCUACAGUCCCUGUCAGAGAAAGCAACAUCACCCCGAUGGGUCGAGAAGGACGUUGAUUCGAUGCUGAAGGAAGCCGGUGUCGUUGUGGCCAACGAAACGAACAACUCGCUGCGGACACCCGCGUUGACGCCCAGCCGCGAGACGACCGAUGACGGAGAGAGACGACGCCUUAAGAGAAAGAGACACGAAUGA